AUGACUGACGGUAAAUUUCCAACUAACAUUGAACCAAAAUACAUCCCUUAUUCUAAAGACCAUUCAAGUUUGAUUGCUUGUGCUUCUCCAGUACCAUUGGAUUUAAAAUCUUUAUUUCAAAACAGUACUGUUGUUGUCACUGCUGUGCCUGGUGCAUUCACGCCAACAUGUACCGAACAACAUAUCCCUGAUUAUUUGAAGCAUUUAAAAGAUUUCAAAGACAAAGGUGUUAAAAAAAUCAUUGUCUUAUCUGCCAAUGAUCCAUUUGUAAUGGCAGCAUGGGCUAAAGCUUUAGGUUAUACUGAUGAAGAGAAUUAUGUAAUUUUUGCUACUGAUCCUAAUGCUUCUAUUUCUAAAGAAUUGGGUGAUGGAUUUGUUGCUGAUUUGACUCUGGCCGGUAUGGGGUUAAGAUUACAAAGAUAUGCUAGUAUUGUUGUUAAUGGAGAAAUCACUUAUUUGGAAACUGAAGAUAGUUUAGGUUUCCUGGAAAUUUCUAGUGCUGAAACUAUUUUAAAGAGAAUCCACAAUUGA